AUGCUGUUCGGUCAGCUCGUCGGUGCAGCCGUCUUUGUCUCGCUCGGGGAGAAUAUCCUGGCUAAUCAGCUCGUGAAGAGACUUUCCGGGCUACCGGGGUUCAACCCCGGCCUUGUCACCUCUGGGGGUGUCACGGAGCUGGUGAAUGUAAUGCCGGCGCAUCUGCACGACACGGUCCUCCACUCUUACAACGAAACGCUGCGGAAGGUGUUUCAGGUAGGUUUGAUUAUUUCUUGUCUGGCAGUACUGGGUGCGGCGACGCUGGAGUGGAAAAGUAUCAAGAACGGACAGCCAAGGCCCGAUGCCGACAAUAUGGCGUCGGCUGAAGCGGAGCAGGCGGCAGGCUCGACGCGUGGUAAAUAG